CAUGUCUUCCUCCAGACUGGGGCUUCGUUUGGCUGCCUGUUUACUAAACAUUUCAGAAGCCAGAAGAAAAUACAUUGUUGAGAACAUAGCAAAAGCAGCUCUUCUUGAAAAAAAUGGGCAGAAACAUCCUGAAGUAUCAGUGCUCAAUAUAUUUUCUGAUCAAGACUACAACAGAUCAGUUAUUACAAUAGCAGCUUCCAUUGAUACGCUGGGCCUUGCUGAGAGUCUGGUCCUGCAGGUUCCUGGCUGCAGCAUGUUUCUGUUCAGUGAAGCCGACCUGCCUGAGAAGCGCAUUCUUGUCCAUAGGAGGAAGCAGCUGGGCUGGUUCUCAAGGCGGCAUUUCAGUGCUCUUGAUCCUGACCUGGGAGCGGCUCCCUUCCCGAGAUGUGGUCUAACAGGUUCUGAGUGUGGAUUUUGUUCUGCUGUGUCCCUUUUUAAACUUGAUAAUAGAAUCCUGAGGUCUCCUUUAUUUGGUCAUUCCCUCACAACGCAGGGAGUUACAGUAGUGGCUCCUUAUUGCAUUGGGUGA